AUGUUCGACAACAUGACACAGCAGAUUCGCAGCAUGGUGGGGCAGAAACAAGGAUCGAAAGCCUGGGGUAAAGGAUCACCUGCGACGUGCAAUGAUUCCGCGGAGUCAAGGAUCAGACAGUACGCGGAGAUGGAUGAGAUCCAGCUACUGGCCGAGUUUCACUCUGUUCGCCAUGGCCUGACGACCACGGAAGCUGCCGACCGCCGCAAAAUACAUGGCCUCAACAUUGUCUCGUCCAAGAAGCCGCCUUCAUGGUGGCUGCUGCUGCUUCUGGUGCUGCCGAACCCCUUCAAUCUGCUCCUCACGUUCAUUGCCAUCAUCAGUGUUGCUUCCCCGGGACGCAGCUGGGUACAUAUUACAAUCACCAACGUUAGGAGAUUUAAGCUAACACUCAACCAGGACACGUUUGCCGUGCUCAUGGCAAUGGUUGUUAUAUCAUCUGCCGUCCGAUUCUGGCAAGAGUAUCGCAGCAUCAUGUCCGUCGCCAAGCUCCAGAGCUCCGUCACAGCUGAUGUGAAGGUACGCCGCAGGCCUUCGACCGCCGGAGCGUCGCCAGAACUACCGAUGGAUGUUCAUGUUCAUGAGAAGGACAUCGUUCCAGGAGACAUUGUGGUUCUUUCCCCCGGGGAUACCAUAGCUGCCGACUGCAUUCUUCUGGAAACCAACUACCUUCGCAUCAGUCAAUCGAGCCUCACCGGCGAAAGCAUGCCAAUUACGAAGGCGCCGGCCACCUUUGGCGACGAAAAGACGCGCGACAUCAGCCUCUUCGAUCUGACAAACGUAGCUUUCAUGGGCUCCAGCGUCGUGUCUGGAAGCGGCUUUGCUGUGGUUAUCGGGACUGGUAAUGACACUUUCAUCGCAUCCACUCUGAAGCAACUGUCGAAGAGGCGCGAUCUCAAUGCCUUCCAACGAGGGAUCAGAAACGUUUCCUAUAUGUUGAUUGGGUUCAUGCUUGUCAUGGUUCCUAUCGUUCUCGCGAUAUCUGGUAAAGUGACCGGAGACUGGGGCCAGGCUGCGCUCUUUAGUAUCAGCGUCGCAGUUGGUCUGGUUCCGGAGAUGCUUCCAGCCAUCGUCAACACCAAUCUCGCCCGCGGAGCACACAUUCUGUCCAAGAAAAAGGCCAUCGUCAAGCGCCUCGACGCCAUUCAGAAUCUGGGUGCAAUGUCAAUUCUUUGCAGUGAUAAGACUGGCACUCUCACCAAAGAUGAGGUUGUGAUGCGCCACAAUGUUGACUGCGCAGGGCUUGACCAUCGGGGCGCGCUCCAGCUCGCCUACAUCAACGCAUUCUCCCAGGGAAACCAGGGGAAUAAUAUGGAUGCCGCCAUUAUCAAGUAUCGUGACGAGAUUGCUAAAGACGUCGAUAUACCCUUUUACGAAAAGGUGGCCGUCAGUCCGUUCACAUUUGAGCGUCGUCGCUCGGCAGCCAUCGUCCGAGGGAUUACCAAGGCGCAGAUGCUGAUCUGCAAGGGCGCCUUCGAAGAAAUCCUUGGCCUUUGUAUACGGGUCCGCCGUGGCAUUAAGGACGAGCCCAUCGACGCGGCCACUCGUUCAGCCCUCACAGCUGAAGCCGGCCGACUGGCGGUAUCCGGCUAUCGUGUUCUCAUGGUUGCCACUCGACAGAUUCCGGACUUUGUUCACGAUGACGAAGACUCUUUUGAGAAUAUCGAGUCGAAUAUGACCUUGGAGGGGAUGCUGACGUUCCUGGACCCGGUGAAAGACGAUGCCGCUGAGUCUGUAGCUCGCCUUCGGGCUUCGGGCGUCGAGGUCAAGAUCCUGACAGGCGACAAUCUCGGCGUAGCCGUCAAUAUCUGCCAAGCUAUCAAUCUCGUCGAUAUGGUAGAUCAUGACGAUCUCCAGGCCAUCACGGGCCCAGAGCUCGCUCGGCUCGAGGGCACGGAUGAGUAUGACGAGAUGGUACUGAAAUGCAAAGUCUUCGCCAAACUUACGCCGAUGCAAAAGGCGCAGAUUGUCAACCGACUGAAGGCCGCCGGUAACUGCGUGGGCAUGCUCGGCGACGGUGUCAACGAUUGCAUUGCUCUUCGAGCUGCUGAUGUUGGUGUUUCGGUUGACUCCGGUACCCGAGCUGCAAAGGAUUCUGCUGAUGACGGUGUCAGAGUCGGGCGUGUCACGCAAGGGAACUCGAUCAAGUAUAUCAAGAUGAGCAGUUUACAACUGCUGGUUCAGAACCUUCUAUACGAUGUCAGCCAAGUUGCGAUUCCAUGGGACCGAAUGGAUGACGAAUAUUUGGAGCAGCCCAAGCAGUGGGCGUCCCUGGAUCUCUUGCGUUUCAUCAUCGUUCUUGGCCCAACGAGCUCUACCAUCGACAUGUGCACCUUCUGCAUUGGUUGGUUCUAUUAUGGCAUCCAGUCUGCGGACGACGCGUCGGCAGUUUCUCUGUUCCAAACACAUUGGUUUCUACAAGGGCUCCUGACCCAGACACUCAUCGUACAUCUUUUGCGUACGGCUAAAAUUCCUGUGUUCCAAAGCAGGGCAGCUCCAAUUCUGGUGUUCGCGACCUGCGGCAUCAUGUUGAUCGGAUUUAUUGUGCCAUACAUUCCACCUUUCUGGCCGAUCUUGGACAUGGUCCGGCCUGCAGACACCUUCGUCGGCAUCCUGGCUGCCGAGCUCGUUGCGUACUGCAUCAUUGUGCAGUUCGUCAAGAUGGCCUACAUCCGAGUCUUCAACUCCUGGCUUUAG